CAUGCAAUCGAUUAAUUUCUAUUCUCGAUUCUCUCUUUCUCUCUACAGCUCGUAUUAAAAGUUGAAAUUAAAUAAAAUUGAAAAGGCAUUGGAAAAAGUGAAAUAUCGCCUCAUAGUUAAACAUGAAUAAAAUGGGCGAAAUACGCAUUUAAAAAUACAUACAGUAGUGACAGAGGUAUUCCUAUCUUGGACAUUUAAUAAAUUCUUCGUUUCGAUAUCUACCCUUUAACGAAUAUGUAUGUGUUAUUCUAAAAAAAUACAGAAUUUCGACGUUUAAUGGCAAAGAUUUAGUGAAUUACAUGAUAAAACGUCUUUAUCGUACUGAAGAAUCCGGAAUAGAAAUCUGUGAAAAUAUUUCCACAUAGCAUGGAGCCUUCAGUAUGCUUAAAUGAUGAAGCCGAUUUUGAAGCUCAAAAUGCAGCUCUACAAGAAUAUGGCCAAUAUACAACAGUAUAUCCCAACGCUUCUCUAUAUGCAACGACAAAGUCUGCAGCUGGGAUAGGUGUAGGCCGAAUGGGUUCUCAAUGCUCAUACAGGACAGAUCACAGUUCGGCAAAAAUAAUAGGCUCUCAGAGCAAUUUGACAAGUUCUGUACAGGAACUAAAUAGUUCUGCGGGGAUGCAGGCUGACCAGGGAGGAAUUAUGCCACCGAAUCUGCGUUAUCUACAACCCUCUCAGUAUGAAGAAAUGGCAGAAUAUGGAAUGAAUCCUGUUAUGCCAUUCCCUGCAGAAUCCCAAUAUGGAGAAGAUGCGCCCGUUGCUUAUGGUUAUGUUUCCGAAGCUAACUAUGUUAUGCCUUCGGUGAGUGCCAAAACAAAUGCAUACGUUACAAGGCCACCAAUGUUCGACGAUAAUCGCAAUGGGGCCGAAGUUGCUGGCGGGAUUGGACUUCCUCAGUCUGGUUUUGAUGAGGCACAUGACUUUCAGAACAAAAUGUCUCAGCUUACAAUUAGCUCAUUUGGCAUUGUAUCUCAGCAUAUGCGCAAUGGUGGAAAGGAUGAAAUAGUUGAUGGAUCAUGCAGUGACAUAUGUUCGACAAUGCGAUGGCGGGAUCCGAAUCUCUCUGAAGUUAUAAGCUUUUUAAACAAUCCAAACAAUGCAAUAAAGGCGAAUGCUGCAGCAUACUUGCAACAUUUGUGCUAUAUGGAUGACCCAAUCAAACAACGAACCCGUAUCUUGGGCGGCAUUCCUCCACUGAUAAGAUUACUUUCAUAUGAAGCACCUGAAAUCUAUAAGAACGCAUGCGGUGCAUUGCGAAAUCUGUCCUAUGGUAGACAAAACGACGAAAAUAAACGAGAGAUAAAAAACGCUGGAGGUUUGGCAGCUUUGGUCAAUUUAUUGUGUCGCACACAAGAGUCUGAAGUUAGGGAACUAGUUACCGGAGUUCUUUGGAAUAUGUCUUCCUGCGAAGAUAUUAAGCGUUUUAUCAUAGACGAAUGCUUAUCGGCGGUCGUCAGUAACAUUAUACAUCCACAUUCCGGCUGGGAUCCUGCUUGUCCCGGUGAAACAUGUUUUUCUACAGUAUUCCGCAACGCAUCCGGAGUUUUACGUAACGUUAGCUCUGCUGGUGAAUAUGCACGCACUCAAUUACGGAAUUGCGACCAUUUGGUUGAAUGUCUGUUGUAUGUUGUGCGCCAUGCCAUUGAAAAAAAUAACAUUAGCAAUAAGACAGUCGAAAACUGUGUUUGUAUCUUACGCAAUCUGUCAUAUCGUUGUCAAGAAGUUGAAGAUCCCAAUUACGACAAACAACCAUUAUCAGUCCCUACCAGAGCGCUAUCUUCGAGUAAGGGUGAAAAUCUGGGUUGCUUUGGCACAAGUAAAAAGAAGAAAGCCCAAGCACAGAGUGAACAAUUAGAUGGUGUAGUUCAAUCUGGCUCGUCAAAGAGCAAUAGCGACCAAACUAACCGAGGUCCCCUUAAGGGCUAUGAACAUUUAUGGCAACCGGAAGUAGUGCAAUAUUACUUAGCUUUAUUGCAAAGUUGCUCAAACCCAGAAACUCUUGAAGCGGCAGCAGGUGCAAUUCAAAAUCUUUCGGCUUGCUACUGGCAGCCUAGCAUAGAUAUAAGGGCUGCUGUUCGAAAGGAAAAGGGUUUGCCUAUUUUAGUCGAGCUGUUACGAAUGGAAGUAGAUCGUGUAGUAUGUGCCGUUGCCACAGCCUUAAGGAAUUUGGCCAUCGAUCAACGGAAUAAGGAGCUGAUUGGAAAGUACGCUAUGCGCGACUUAGUACAAAAAUUGCCUUCAGGUAAUCCCCACGAUCAAAAUACCUCCGACGACACUAUUACAGCAGUACUGGCCACAAUUAAUGAAGUCAUUAAAAAGAACGCCGAAUUCUCCAGGUCGCUUUUAGAUGCUGGCGGCGUUGAACGUCUAAUGAAUAUUACAAAUCAGCGGCAGAAAUACACAUCUUGUGUAAAUAAAUUUGCUAGUCAGGUUUUAUUCACAAUGUGGCAGCACCAUGAACUGCGCGAUGUCUACAAAAAACAUGGUUGGAAGGAACAGGAUUUCCUUACAAAAUUUAUCGACUCGCAUAGUGCUUCUGCACAUUCCCCUAACAAUUCAAAUAGUACAUUGAACCGACCCAUGGCUUCUCAAGGACGAACACGCUAUGAAGAUCGAACAAUACAGAGGGGCACAACUAAUUCGGGCAGAAAUAAAGAUGAGCAACAUUCGCAACAGUCACACCAGUCCCAACAAAGAUCUUGCCAAGAUCCACAAAUGCUCCGACAAAUGGUGGACGAAUUCACCAUGAACGGUGUAGAGGAAACAUACCAACGGCCUUCUGCUUAUAAUUCCGCAGUACCUAUGUCAAUGUAUAUACCAAGCAGCGAAAAUCCUCGGAAUCCGCCUAACUAAUAGAACAUCACAUAUUAUGUAUAUAAACAUUUUUACUUUAAAAGUGCGCACAUAUGGCAUAUAUAGAAUAUAACAAAGAAAAACGCUUUCAAAGUAAAAAAGAGAAACAUCAGCAAGAAGAAAAAAUAUUUGUCAAAUUUUAUUAAACACACAAUUUAUUGCAUAAUAUACGACAAUGUACGGUACAUUUUCAAUAGUUGAACGAGUUGACACCUACAAAGAACACCGUAUAAUUAAUAAAACAAAAUCAUUACCAUUGCAUUUAAUAAAACACCCAUUAAUUCUAAAAACAAAAA